UCGCGAAUAGGACGCGGUGCGAGCUGCCACAGCUGGCGAAGGCCCGAUAAUUUACAAUUAAUAAAAGAGCAUCAACAAACCCCUUUGGCCAACUCCAAUGUUUAAUACGUUUAGCAACAAAUUCACUGAUAACAUGGCACUGCAGGGGUGAACGAUCCGUUGAUUAAAUUGGAGUCUAUUUCGGUUUCGUUGUCAGGAUAUCUGACGCCUGGUAGCAUCCCCAGAUAUCAUAGUCCGUGUGUCAAACAUUCAACGAGUGAAAUUUCAUUGUGGUGACCCAGUGGUGUAGCAAAAACUCAUGGAUUGGCAGCUGAUGUGAAUUUUGAGAAAUUGUUGAAAUUAAAAAUAACAACACUGUCAUUCCGUCAGGAUCCACGUGUGGGACUUGGGCGUUGGUUAAAUCCCCUAAAAUCCUAUUCUCUCGUGUUUUUUGUUCUCAUCUGAGAGGAACCGGGAAACGUGAGCAGUAAAAUGAAUGUUCAGUGAACUUGAAUGAAAGUCAAAAUAAAUUGCUAAAAUACAGCAUAACCCAUUGUUAUUGCCAUCGGAGGACGAGGAUGGGCAAGGAUCCAGGAUUAAUGUUCACCACCAAGGGAUGCCACCUCCUGGCUAUUUGGCUCGUUGCCACAUGUGUCGCGAGUAAUAAUGUUAAUGAACCACCCAUUUUCGAGCCAGGGGGCUUUCCACUUGGUUUACCACUCUUCGAAGCAACCGAGGUGGGCACUGAGAUAUUCACUCUGAAGGGCCACGACCCGGAAGGCUCACCAGUCAAAUAUGGAAUCCAGUCAACUGAUAAGUUUACUGUUGACCCUAGCAGCGGCGUCAUCAUUCUCGCAAAGCCCUUGGAUCGUGAGGAAAACGACACUGUGAGGUUUCUGGUAAGCCUCGAGGAUCAAGUGACGGAGGGUCAACAGCCCAAUAUCGUUGGAGUGGAUGCCUAUGUCAUUGUGCUGGAUGUCAAUGACAAUCCACCAAAAUUCUCUGGUACUCCGUAUGAAGCGAUGGCUGAUGAAGACACUCCAAUCGGCACGACAAUACUCCCUGGUAUACGUGUCACUGAUCCAGAUCUCAUUGGUGAUAAUAUUAAUUUGUCGUGUGUAUCACAGCCUCAGUUUCCCGAUGCCUGCGCCAAGUUUGGCAUUGUCAACGUAGAGAAGAGUCAGAAUACGUACGUGGGUGCACUGGUGCUACGUGAGCCACUUGACUAUAAGCAGAGACCCUUUUACCAAUUGCUGCUGCGAGCAAGUGAUGGUACAAACAAUGAGACCACUGGAGUGGAAAUUAAAGUGGCUGAUAUACAGAAUAGUCCUCCAGAGUUUUUAGAUUCCCUAACUGGAAUUGUUAAGGAGAAUGAUCCAAUUGGUACAUUGGUCAUGACUGUUAAGGCUAGGGAUGGAGAUAGGGGUAUGCCUAGGCAAAUAGUGUACGAGCUGGAGAGCAAUCUCUUUGAUUAUUUUCUACUGGAUCCAGAGUCUGGUGAACUCAGAACGGCCAAGCCCUUGGAUCGAGAAGCCUUGGAAGAUUCAACGGGGGUAUUGACGUUGAAGAUAAAAGCACGAGAAAUGGUGAAUGGUAUCCCUGGUAACGAUGACUCGACAGUUUCAACAGCAAAUGCAACGGUAACGAUAAAAGACGUGAAUGACGAGCCGCCGACGUUCAAUAAACGAGAGUACAAUAUAGAGAUAGCUGAGAACGUGCCCGAUGGCACGCUUCUGCCUCAUCUAGACAUGACCGUCAAAGAUCCAGACGUUGGAUUCAACUCUGAAUUCUCUCUCCGCCUUGAGGAUAUAACCGGCGCCUUCACUGUUGAGCCAGCAAAUGCUACUGGCAGUACAUCUGUCAACAUUCGUGUGGUGAAUGGCUCCCUCGACUACGAGAAUCCAAAUCAACAAAAGUUUAUAAUUCUGGUAAUUGCAGAGGAGUUGCACACAGAGGCGAAAUUAUCAUCAACCGCAACAGUGACAGUGACAAUAACCGAUGCAAAUGAUAAUGCACCCUCCUUCAGUUCUCCGACAUAUACAGCUGUGGUUUCAGAGACUUCACCUCCAGGUAGCCCAGUGGCAACAAUCAAAGCCAAAGAUCGAGACAGCGGUAGAUUUGGUACAGCCGGGAUAGUUUAUCAAUUGCUUGGUCAAGGAGCUGAACACUUUGCCAUUGACAAGCGCAAUGGGAGUAUAACCGUGGCACCCUGUCCCUCUCCAGGUACCUCUCCAUGCCUAGACUUUGAGGAGCAAAAUGAGUAUUUCUUGAACUACAAAGCGAUCGAUGACGAUGGCAAUGGACAAACAACAACAGUUUCUCUGAGAGUUUCACUGGCAGAUGCCAAUGACAGUCCUCCAAAAUUUCUCCAAGAUAAGUACCGGGCUGUUGUCGAUGAGGGGGCUGACAAGUUUGAGCCAGAGCUCAAAGUACUGGCGCGAGACCGUGACAAAACAUCAAAGAUAAUUUACUCAAUAAUUGAUGGUAACAAGCUGGCGUUUUUCGAAAUUCACCCCAAUACUGGAGAAAUCACUGUCGCUAAUAACGGACCGGUCGAUCUUACCAACUCGACUCACGACUGGAUCUCAUUAACAGUUGCUGCAACAGACGGCUUAUACACCGAUACAGCCAUGGUCAAUGUCACAGUGCGCGACGUCAACAAUAACGAUCCCAUAUUCCCGCAUGACGUUUACACAGCUAGUGUUCCAGAAACAGCAACACCUGGCACAGUGGUCGAAGAGAUGUAUGCUACUGAUGCCGACAGCGGUAUAAAUGCACAAUUGAAGUACAGAAUUCAGAAAGGGGCAUUUGAUGACUUUGUGAUUAAUGAAACAACGGGAAUUGUAUUGGUUUCGGGUAAGUUGGAUUACGAUACGAGAAAUGCAUAUCAUAUAGAAGUUAUUGCGCUUGAUGGGGGCACUCCGAGCCUCACUGGGACAGCUACUUUGAUGAUUAAAAUUGAAAACACUAACAACAAGCCACCUUACUUCACUCCCAAUACUCAAAGAGGAGAGGUCACUGAAGAUUCUCCCGUUGGUACAGUUUUUACAUUGCUAAAAGCUGUCGACCCUGAUAGUACAACUCAGGAUGCUCUAAAAUUCUCUAUAACUGAACCCAUAACAGCCAUCGAUAAGAAUGGCCAAUUGGUCACAGGCAACACAACUUCCUUCAAAGACUUUUUCGCAAUUGACCCCAAGACCGGCCAAGUCUCAGUGGUUCGUCCUCUUGAUCGUGAGAUAGCGGCGACAGUUAGUCUCAAUGUCAUAGUCACUGAUACAUCAGCAUCUGUUGUUCAACAGGGUACUGGUACACUUGUCAUUACCAUAAUUGAUGUCAAUCAUUUAGCGCCAGAAUUUUUAAAACCUUGGACAAAGGAAAAUCCAAAGUAUCUGAUUGAGAUGCAGGAGGAACAGCCAACUGGAGCUAUUGUUGGGGCUUUCACCGCCACAGAUGUGGACAGCAAUAUAUCGGGAUAUAGCAUUGAUCCGCCGAGUCCAUAUUUCAAUAUUGAUAAUGUAACAGGAAUCGUUCGAACAAGUCAAAUUAUUGAUUACGAGGAGACUAAGCAGCUCCAAUUCACAGUGAUAGCUUAUGAUUCCGGAGUUCCUCAGCUAUCAUCAACAGCCAAAAUCACUGUUAAUAUUAUUAAUGUCAAUGACCAAGAUCCAAAAUUUCAGCAAAACUCGUACAGUGUCACUGUGAAAGAGAAUUCUCCACCGGGCACUCAUGUGACCAUUGUUAAAGCCACUGAUGGAGAUGAAGGUGUCUUCGGUGAAGUUAGUUACAGUCUAAUUGGCGAGCAUGCCUCGGAUUUUAAUAUUGGCCAUGAGACUGGAGAGAUUACCGUUGGAGCUGCUACUGUUCUUGAUCGAGAAGAGACAGCUGAGAUCACUGUAACAGUCAUGGCGAGUGAUGGUGCUCCAAUAAACUCGAGAAGAUCAACUACAGUUCCUGUUGUCAUUCAUCUUGAGGAUGUCAAUGAUAAUAAACCCCUUUUUACUCAACACAGCUAUCGCGCUUCAGUAGCUGAAAAUCUCUCUAUCAAUCCUCCAGCUACGAUACUUCAAGUGCGCGCUGAGGAUCACGAUGAAGAUAUAAAUGGCAAAGUAUCAUACACAAUAGUGAGUGGAAAUGAAGAUGGGGCAUUUAAUUUGAAUGGAGAAACAGGAUUUUUGUAUCCGGCAAUCAGUCUAGUUGGUCAUUCCGGAAGUUACAGAAUCCAAGUUGAGGCGAGAGAUGGAGGAGGCAAAGGACCACACUCAGAUAGAGCUUAUGUAGAUAUCCGAGUGAUUCCUGUUAAUCAGCAUAAACCUGAAUUCAUAAUGCCACAACUACCAAAUGCAACUGUAGAGGUACCAGAAAAUUCUGGUGUUCCAAAUUACUUAGUGAUGACAGUGAGAGCGACUGAUGAAGAUUCCGGUGACAACGGCAAGAUAAAUUACUACCUCAAAGUUGGAAAUCGAAAUGUACCAGAAACUGAGGAAUUUAUGAUCGAUCAAGAGACUGGUGAAUUACGAGCGAAAAUUAUUCUCGAUAGAGAAGUGAAGAGUAAGUUUGAGUUAGUUCUAGUUGCCACGGAUCAUGGAAAUCCAACCAACUAUGAAACUCUACGUCUCCUAACAAUUCUACUUGUUGAUACUAAUGAUAAUGUUCCUGAGUUUUAUGAAGAAUACAACUUCCGUAUACCAGAGAAUCGCCCCAAGGAUUACAUUGUCGGUAAAGUUGUUGCCGAGGACAAAGACAAGGGUACACAUGCUAGGGUUUAUUACUAUAUUGCUGGGGGUAAUGACGAUGGAUCAUUUUACAUUGACAAAUCGGAUGGAAUGAUUUAUGCAAACAAAACAUUCGAUAGAGAAACACGAGACAAUUAUGUACUAUCUAUUCUAGCGGCUAACGAUCCAGAUCUUUAUAUUGCUCAAUCAGAAGCUGGCAAAUCAUUGCUUUACAAUCCUCCUGAGCAUGGACACGUUAAUGUAACAAUAAGCAUUCUAGAUGAAAAUGACAGUCCACCCGUUUUCGAAAGGAGCGAUUACUACACAGGAAUCAAUUCAGUGGCUAAUGUCAAUGACAUUGUUGCAAAAGUUACGGCUUACGAUCAAGACCUUGGCGAGAAUGGCACUUUAUAUUAUUACGUCGCAUCGGCAAAUCUCUAUAAAUACGGAUCGGAUAAGCCGAGUGGAUCGAUAGUACCGAGUCCCUUCAAUGUCUCUCAAGAUGGAAAACUUCGAACAAGUGGUUAUAUGGCUGAAUACAAUCAGGACAGAUUCAUUGUUGAGAUUGUGGCCAAAGAGACAGCUUCGCCUGAAAGAUUUGCCAUGGCAAGAGUACACGUAUGGGUUUUCGAGUCCUCUCAAUUGAUAAGAGUUAUUCUCUCCCGUCCAGCCGAUGAGGUGCACAGGCAGAGGGAUGAAAUUGUAGCGGAAUUAUCAAACGCAACUCAGAGUAGAGUUGUUGUCGAUGAGAUAAGAUAUCAUGUAGACUCGGCUGGAAAAAUCAGGACAGAGUGGUGUGAUAUGUAUUUACAUGUUGUCGAUCCCAAAAAUCAAAACAUCACACCAGUUCCUCAGGUGCUCAGGGCGAUCGAUGCUAAAUAUGAUGUACUCAAAGAUUAUUACAUAGGUUUUGCUAUUGAAAAUGUUGUGCCUGCCUUUGCCGGUCGGCAGGCGGCUCCAUUCGACCCUGCUCUCGCCGCUCUAAUCGCUCUUCUCGUUGUCUUAUUAGUUGGGGCUGUUACUGUUACCGUUGUAUGCUGCUGUCUCAGGCACUGGGUUAUUACUGUUCCCAGUGACAUUAGAAAGAAAGAUGGUCUCAUCAAGAAACAGAUAAUUGACGAGUUGAAUACCACGGAAAAUCCUCUCUGGAUUGAGCAAAAAUUAAAGCUUUACGAGGAACAAGAAUUGACUAUGCAAGUCUUUAGUGAACCCGAAGGAGGGCUCAUGACCGAGAGACGAGGGAGUGGUGUUAGUGUGGGUAUGGAUACCUCACAGGAUAAUACUUAUGCUACUAUUCAACAUCCAACACCGGCUAAUAGGCAUCGCCCGACAACGCCUGAUUAUACAACACUCCCUGGAAAUCAUAGUCUUUAUGAGUCGGCAAUGGGUUUUCAGGGAUCAACAUUUCAGCCAUCAACGACUGUUGUUCCGCAAUUGACACUUGACCGUGAUGGUCAACCGCAAUUUGUCUCGGGACUCGUAUAAAAAGCCAAAAUAAUCAUUAAAAAUA